AUGCUUGGUCGUUGCAUUCAAAUACAUUUCCCCACCAGGAGCAUAAGGCUACUAAGAAAAUUAACUGUCUGGAAAAGACCUAAUUACACCGUCAAAAGCCAGUACUCUUUGCGGAAUAUGACAGCAGAUGAGAAUUCGAAGAUAACGGUGAAUGAAAUUAUUCCGUUGAUUGCAGCGAUUGAUGUGGGGACGACAUCGUCGCGCGCCAUCCUGUUUAACAGACUGGGACAGGAGGUCGCUAAACAUCAAAUUGAAUAUUCAACGUCUGCCUCGAAAGAGAAGUACGCGGCUUCUGGUAAGCGGAGGUUUGCUGUUGAUGACGAGAACCAGCCUAUCUUUUCGGCAGAAGGUAUCGCUAUUGAACAAAAUGAGUUUUUGGAGAUUGAAGACUUGAUCAAGAGAACUGGUGAUCCUACCCUGAGGUUUCCCAAGCCCGGUUGGGUGGAGUGCAAACCGUUGAAUAUCUUGAACAACGUUGUCGAAUGCUUCGCCAAGACAUUGGCGUUUGCGCAGCAAGUCAACAGCCAACGUAUCCCUGAUGGAUUACCGCCAUACAGGAUUCAUUGCAUCGGCAUUGCAAGUAUGAGAGAAACUACGCUUGUGUGGUCCAAGAGCACGGGUUUGCCAAUCGUAGAGUAUGGUAUAGUGUGGAAUGACACCAGAAAUGCCGGGAUAGUUACUGAGAAGAGAAAUAACACAUGCGAGGAGGAACAGGCGCGUCUCAGAAAUAAGACUGGGCUGCCCCUGUACUCGACGUACUUCUCAUGCUCGAAAUUGCGCUGGUUGCUCGAUAACGAACCAAAGGUGACAGAAGCUUACGAAAAGGGUGACCUUAUGUUUGGAACUGUCGACGCGUGGUUGAUUUAUCAUUUAACUUCUAGCAAGACAUUUGUGUCCGAUGUUACUAACGCGUCCCGUACCGGUUUCAUGAACCUAGACACUCUGGAUUACGAUGAGGAGCUUCUUGAGUAUUGGGGUAUUGACCGAAAGAAAAUUCAUUUGCCAAAAAUUGUGUCAUCUGCAGAAUACUAUGGUGAUUUCUGCGUACCGCAAGUGACCAAGGAACACAUUAGUCCACAGGACUGGGAAUUGCUUGAGGAAUUCAGCAACAGAAACCCUCGAGUCCCCAUACAGGGGUCGUUGGGUGAUCAGAGUGCCUCUUUAGUCGGGCAACUGGCCUUCAAACCAGGUUCUGCUAAGUGUACCUACGGUACGGGCUGUUUUCUGCUAUACAACACAGGAUCCACUAAGCUUAUUUCUCAUCACGGUGCUUUGACAACGUUUGGCUAUUGGUUUCCUUAUCUCGAGGACGAAGAGGCUAGAAAGCCGCAUUUCGCCCUGGAGGGUUCCGUUGCCGUGGCUGGCGCCGUGGUCCAAUGGCUGAGAGAUAACUUGAGGCUGAUUCCCAAGGCAGAGGAUAUCGGACCGUUGGCAAGCCGCGUGCCGGACUCUGGCGGCGUCGUCUUCGUGCCAGCAUUCAGCGGACUGUUCGCCCCUUACUGGGAUCCCGAAGCACGCGCAACGAUCAUGGGUAUGUCGCAAUUUACUACAGCAUCACACAUAGCGAGAGCAGCUGUCGAGGGAGUCUGUUUCCAAGCGCGCGCCAUUCUCAAAGCCAUGAGCUCCGAUGCCCUGGGCGUUAAGGAUAAAGACUUCUUGGAGGAAAUCAGCGAUGAGACCUAUGAAAAGUCUAUAUUGUCCACCUUGGCAGUGGACGGAGGGAUGUCUCGUUCCGACGAGGUGAUGCAAAUACAAGCCAAUAUCUUAGGGCCCUGCAUCAAAGUCAGAAGAUCUCCCACGCAUGAAUGUACAGCUCUCGGCGCAGCCAUCGCUGCCGAAAUGGCAUUCAAAGACCCCAAGGAUCGUCUCAUGUGGAAGGACCUUCGUGAUGUCAAAAAAUUCGUAUUCUACAACGGAGUCGAAAAGGGCCAGCAAUGCCCUCUUGAACUGAAGCCAGAUCUCAAGAUCUUUAUCAGUGAGUCCAAAAACUCCGAGCGAAGGAAAAAGUGGAAGAUUUGGGAAGAGGCGGUAAAGAGAUCCAGAGGCUGGCUAUCGUCUAUCAACUCCAUAGACGAAGCAGACAACUGA